AUGGCUCCCAAGGCAGAGGUGGAUGAGUUUUCAGAUUCAGGGGAGAGCAUGAUGUCAACCAGCACACUACAUGGCAGGAAGCACACUACAUGGCAGGAAGGUGAGUAUCAUAGUACCAGCCAGCCAACAUCCCUCCCUCUCCUCUCUCCUCCUGUCCACACCUCUCUCCCCACUACCUCCCUGUCUCACUCUCUCCCCCUCUACCUCCCUCUCUCCCUCCCUCUCUCAACCAGCACACUACAUGGCAGGAAGGGUAUGAACUUAACAGACAAGGCUGAUGACAGAGUAUCCCGUCGCAUCCAGAAAGCCGCUGUGAAACAACACAAACAGGCAGAACAGAAGCGGCUCCGUAUGGCACAGGAGAUUCAACGCAAGCUGGAGGAAGUCGAUGUCAAACAACGACUGGAACAACGUGGCAUUAUUGUGGAGAAAGCAUUACGAGGGGAGGGACCAGAUGCAGACAAGGAGGAGGCAGGGCUGAUGCAGGAAUGGUUUAAUCUGGUGCACGACAAGAACAGCCUGGUCCGAUACGAGUCGGAACUCAUGGUGCGGGCGAAGGAGCUUGAGUUGGAGGAUCGCCAGGCUCGCUUGGAGAACCAGCUGCGUGAGAGGAUGAACUCAGGAGAUCUGGACAAGUCCGAUGCGGAGAUCAUCGAUGAGAAAAACAUCCUCGAUGAGCUGCUAGAGGUGGUGGAGCAGAGAGACAACCUGGUGGCCAUGUUGGAGGAAGACAGGCUCAGAGAGCAGGAAGAAGACAAAGACCUAGAGGAAGUUAUGUUGAAGAAGGGCUUCGCCUUGUCACCUAUCUGUUUGCCGGACAGUGGGAAGUCCGAAGUCUCCUGAUCCCAUGUUGCAGGUCCCUGUAGCCUUCCUGGAGCCCCGUGGGACACUCUGGCCAGUUGUACUCAUAACUUAUUCAAGUCAGUGUAGUUCAGGAUGGCACUGGAAUACAGCUUACAGAUGUUGUACUGAUGGCAGUACGUUGGAACUCCCAACGUCAGCCUGGCAUGAGAGCCAGCUUGCUUUACAAACACUUCUAGUGGUGCUGUAUAGACGCUUGUGUAGAUGUUCAAGCAGCAGCAUAUUAGCAGCUUCAUCAUCAAUGCAUUUAUCUUCUAUAUGCAGUUGUACCACAAGAUUAGAUGUCCUGAUGCCGAGAUGUGAGACGUUUUCUACCUACAUGUGAUAUUACUGUUUAUUCCCCGAUUCCUUGUAACAAACGAGGAUCAUGCAUUCCCUGUGUUCAGGUGGUGAUGAAGACGGUAUUGCAAUUACUGGAAUUAGUUUCCAUGGUAACAUGCACUCUGUUAAGAACACCUUGCUUUGUCCUUGCAGUGUGCGGUUCAAGCUAAAUAUGUAACUUGCCGUAGUGAAACAAACAGCUGGGAGGAAUCUCUUCUAAGCUUACACUGAUCUAGCAACUCGAGUGUGUCUGGCUACAUACAGCAUUAACAGUGUGAAACACAGAUCUCUC